AUGCGGUUCUUUGGUGACUGGCUGAUCUCGCUGCACACGACGGGCUUCCGCAGCCCGUCGAAAACCCCGGAGCAGCUAAAGCUGGAGCGCUCAUUCUCCCCUGAAGGCACCGCGGCCCGGAAGAAGAUCAUUGCGGAAGCGGGGGCAGAGCCGGAGAUUGGUGGCGUGCUGGUCUAUGACGGCAGGAAGUUCAAGAUGAUCCACCUGAUCCCAGUACAUCGCUACUACCGCGUUCAAGUUUGGAUGGCCGCGACCAACGAAGAGUGCGUCGACUACGUCCACUUCGUCGACAUGCAGCAACGUAUCGUGAAGUGGAAG